CAAGGAGACGUGAGCAAAGUCAGCUUUGUAAGAUGGCUCAGAUGUCUGCCCCGAGGUCGUCUGUGUUUACGUUCGAGUCCACAGUACAUUCCUCUCAUGUGCUGCAGUGGCUGGACGAGCAGCGAUGCCGAGACUCGCUGUGCGAUGUUACCGUGGUGGUGGAGACCCAGAGUUUCCGAGCCCACCGCUCAGUCCUCGCCUCCUGCAGCGAGUACUUUGCCCAAAGGACCUCUUCCCUCACGCAGCACAGUGCAAUCAUCACCCUGCCAGAAGAGGUGACAGUUGUUGGCUUUGAGCCCUUGCUGAAAUUUGCCUACACCUCUAAGCUACAUUUUGGGAAAGAAGACGUGUUAGAAAUCCAAAACUCGGCCUCCAUUCUUGGCUUUAGAGACCUAGACGAGGCAUGUUUUGACUUCCUCCUACCAAGGUUCUUUUCCAGUAACAAAGACUCUUGUCCUUUUGUGAGAAAGACCUGUUGUAAAAAGACAUGCAAGAGGCGAUUAUCCGUGGAAAAUGGAGGCACAGUCCCUGAAGAAGUGCUGUUGAAUGACAAAGAAGUAAAACCAGUUGCUGACUCAUCAUCUCGGCAGGACGUGACUAGGGACUGCAGCAAAUCAGUGAGCAAGAAAACAGGAACUCUUAAAAAUGCAAAGUCUCUUGGGACAGCAGUUGAAGACAUAGAUGGUAUUUUCCAACAGUGUCCAAAGUAUCGCAAGUUCCAGCAAGCCUGCCAGAAGGAACUCAUCACUGAGAAAAGUCCAACUGGUCCGGUGAAGACGGUGAUUGAAGAUGGCUGCUUCGUCUCUUGCUUUCCGUGUCCCAGCAGCGCACAGUGUAAAAUCAAAGUGGCAGUCUUUGGAAAUUCAAAGUCUGACAAAACGAUAAAAGAAGAUGCCAGAGAAGCACAAGAAACUGAGGUUCAUUCAAUACCAUCGGAGACUUAUGGCGCCACAUGGGGUGCUGAUAGUGAUAUGAAAAACACACUUGAAAGAGGGGAAAAAAUGAAUGAAUACGCAUCAGAGAACAAUGUUAAAAAGAUGAUGGAGCAAACCUCUGGAAUAAGCUCUUCAGAUACUCUUAGUGUCAAUAUAGUUGCCUUAGAACCAAACCCAAAGUUGGCUGAGAAUCCAUUAGAGGUAUUAUCACCAUGUUGCCCUUUGAGCAACUUCAGUGAUGGCCAUACUAUCUAUAGGUCACUGGGGAAUGAGACGAUUGUCAACAUUACAGAAACCCAGGAAGCAAGAAACUCUGGUGCAGCAGAUCCAGGUUCUGAUAAUCAAAAGGAGCCAUUAGGAGCUGAAGGGGAAAAGACACAUAGUGUCUGCCAAGAUGGAGGAAAUGGAAGCCAAACAGGCAACAUGGAAAGAGUAGCCAUUAUCGCUGAAAAACUCAGAGAAAGAAACACUUCUUGGCACAACUUCCAGGACCUUGAGGUGCAAUGUUCCACUGAUACUGUUGGUGAAUGGGAGCAGAGCCCAUCUUUAGAGUAUCCAAACCUUCUGGACAACUUCCGUUCCACAAAAAACAGCUGCCCCUUUUUCCUGGAUACGGAGCAAGGGAGCUGCUCGUUAAUGGCAGCGGGGAUGUCUGAGUGUGAAGUGGGUUCUCAGUCAGGUGUGUCAUCUUUGAACUCAGGGGAGGAUGGAGACUCGGAGACAGAAACAGAGGGGGACUGUGAGUUCAUCACAAGAGAAAGAGCCAGACAGGUGCAGUUGCCGUACCCAGUGAACUGGAUAGUGAAUCUGAGUCGAAAUGACUUCCAGCAUCUACUGAAGCAGCAUGCCUUUACACGAGAACAGCUCGAUUUUGUCCACGACAUGAGGCGGCGCAGCAAAAACCGCCUGGCGGCUCAACGCUGCCGCAAGAGAAAACUAGACUGCAUAUUUGACCUGCAGUGUGAAAUCAACAAGCUCAAAACUGAAAAGGAGAACUUGAUCAUGGAGAAGAACCAGCUGAGUCAGAUGAAGUCGAAAACUUGCCACAGUGUCAGCACCUUGUGUCAGCGGGUCUGCAGAGAAGCAAAUCUGCAACCAGAUCAGCUGCAGGUGUUAACCAAAUACAUCUCCUCAGACUGCCCUCUGACCUCUUUCUUCCCCCACUUAGAUGCACUUCUGUCCCAACAUGGAUUCCCACUUCAUCCAUCUCUCUUGCCAUGUUCUGCAGGUCUUGUCACCUCCAAAGCAGAUCCAUCUGGUUCAAACAAAGACACAAUGACAGGACAAUAUGCACUGUAG